GUCGCCUCUGGAGGCCCUGCAAUCGCAGUCCAGAAGGAAGGGGAGCGUCAGUGCAAGGGACUGUUAUGGUGUUGAGUUUGCAGCCAGCGACAACUGAGACGCGGCUGUCGCGGCCAUGAAGGUAUUGAUUCAUUUGCCUAACUCCGAUCAAGUGGGAAUGAGCCGUACGGUGAGGAUACUCUUUCAGACACAGCCGAUUUCCUGAGCCUCCGUGAAGAGAGGUGUGCUCGAUGCGGGUGGGGGAUUGGUGCUAAGGAUCAAGUACACUGUUUUAGAAAAAGAAAACAAAACCCAAACAUGAGGAAGGCGGGCGCCACGUCUAUGUGGGCUUCAUGCUGUGGGCUGCUGAACGAAGUCAUGGGGACCGGAGCUGUCCGGGGCCAGCAGGCGGGGUUUGCAGGAGGCACCGGUCCAUUCAGAUUUACACCCACCUCUGACUUUUCCACUUACCCGCCAGCACCUACAGAUGGGCCUAAUAUAGUUUGCAAAGCUUGUGGACUUUCAUUUUCAGUCUUUAGAAAGAAGCAUGUGUGUUGUGACUGCAAGAAGGAUUUCUGCUCCGUCUGUUCAGUCAUACAAGAAAACCUUCGUAGAUGUUCCACCUGUCACUUACUACAAGAGACGGCCUUUCAGCGCCCGCAGUUAAUGCGGCUGAAAGUGAAGGACCUGCGGCAGUAUCUCAUUCUUAGAAACAUACCCGUUGACACCUGUCGAGAGAAAGACGACUUGGUAGAUCUAGUGCUGUGCCACCACGGGCUGGGCUCUGAGGACGACCCGGACACCAGCAGUCUGGGUUCCUCAAGGUCCCAGGGUUCCAGUUUUUUUACACACUCAUUUUUUUCAAGCUAUACAGCCCCCUCGGCUACCGUGUCUUCAUUUCAGGGAGAGUUCAUGGGUAGAGAUCGGACCUUAGGAUCUGGAGCGCUGGCACAGGUACAAAGUGAAAUAGCUUCCGCAAACACAGAAGAUGACGACGAUGACGAUGAAGACGAUGAUGAUGACGAUGAUGAAGAAAACUUGGAGGAUCAGACGCCCAGCCUCUCUAAGAAGAGACUGAGAGCUUCGCUGUCAGACCUGUCAAGCCUUGAAGAUGUGGAAGGGAUGAGCGUGCGUCAGUUGAAGGAAAUCCUGGCUCGGAAUUUUGUCAACUAUUCUGGCUGUUGUGAAAAAUGGGAGCUGGUAGAGAAAGUAAACCGGUUAUACAGAGAGAAUGAAGAAAACCAAAAGUCAUAUGGUGAGCGAACGCAGCUGCGGGACGAGGAAGAUGACAGCCUGUGCCGGAUCUGCAUGGAUGCCGUCAUCGACUGCGUCCUGCUUGAGUGCGGGCACAUGGUCACCUGCACCAAGUGCGGCAAGCGCAUGAGCGAGUGCCCCAUCUGCCGGCAGUAUGUGGUGCGUGCUGUGCAUGUGUUCAAGUCCUGAAGUGACGCUCUCCCUGCCGGGACGUUCGCCCCCAAGCUUGAUCCCAGACAUUUCAGAGCACAGAAGGGACUAGAAACGGACCGUUCAAAAGUUGAAGUUAUUUUUUAAAAUUAUUUUCACUACUAACUGGGAAUAAAGAUUCAUCCUGAGUUACAGCAACACUGGCUCAUCCCACACGCCUGUCAGCCCGUGGACAUGCUCGGUUCCCCAGGUUCGGCCGGGCUUCACCAUACGUCUGUGAUCCUUCGUUGCUGGAGUCAGACUGCUUAUGGCAUCAGCUACUCUCCCUCUGGAGGGUGUUUGUCCUUAUUUCUCCUUCCUGAUUGUAACUUAAACUACUCAGAUGUUUGAAACUUCUUUUUGGAUGAGACCGUUGUCCACAAAUGACCGACAUGGUAUACACUGACCAGUGGCACCUCCGAAUGUUCACUUUAUCAGUCAUGUAUAUUCUAAAUGCUACUCUGAUGAAUGUAAGUUUCCACAUUGUUGCUAUUUCUGCAUUUAAACUUAAUUGGGAACAACUGACCUUCUAUAGUCAACUGCCAGGGCCUUAGACUAACUAUGUCCAUUUCUGUUCAGGUACAGCUUUUUCUAGCAAGGGCUGCAUCUAGCUUCUUUCCCUAGAGAAAUGUGUGUGUUAAAUUCUUUAUUAACAUGUAACUGGUUUACACUGUUUUGUAUAGUGAAAGUGUAUUUUCAGUGCUACUGCUACUAGCUGAUUUGAACUUUAGGAAUAAAACUAGAUUUUCAAAAAUGCUUUUA